CACAUCACACAAGUAGCAGUUGCCCAGCCCAUACACUGCCGUCGCGAAUCCAACGGAUUGAAGGGUACAAGGCGCUGGCGGGGCUCUUUUCAACACAAACAAGGAAGAGAUAUCACGUGCACUGGUUACAGUGGAAAUCAUUCGGUCAGUUCAUCGUUGGCUCUUGGUUGCUGUGUCCAGGAAGACGACAUUAUACGGCGUUCAAGCAGUGCCACAUGGUUCUGCUUCGGCACAUAUCCAUCGCCCUAACCGCCGCGGUGGCUGCCUUCGGGUCCGCGCUGUUUAUCGCCUUGAAUUAUUUCUACAGAAGGCGAAUAUGGUCUCCCGAAGCGGAAUAUUACAUGAUAAAAGAGGAGCACGAGGAGCGUGGAAAGCGCCAGGUGCUUGUCCUUGGCCUAGACGGUGCUGGGAAGAGCAGUAUCCUGCAGGGGCUGACAGCUGGAGACGGGGGCAAGAGAGGGCACUGCCGCCCCACCAGGGGCUUCAACUUUAUGAGCCUCAGUGCCCCUGCCUGUCAGCUGGAUUUCCUUGAGAUUGGAGGGGGUGAGGAUUUGCGUACGUACUGGACCGAGUACCUGAGGAAGACGCAUGUCCUGGUGUACGUGGUUGACUCCUCUGACAGAAAACGUCUCCCACAGGCCAAGGCUGAGCUGCAUCGCCUUCUCAGACUGGAUUCACAACUUCCUGUGGUGGUCCUGGGAAACAAACAGGACAAGCACAACGCCAUGAGUGUGUCGGAGCUCCAUGAGGCACUGUCUCUGGGGACGGUGGCUGACGAUAGGAGGCUGUUCCUCCUGGCUGCCCAGCUGGGCUCAGACGGCCUGAUUGUCUCCCGCAAUCUGCAGGCCUUCCAAGACCUGAUCCUACAGCUCGUUUGAUUCCCUAGGACAGGAUGAGUUGAACUGGGGGUUGACCAUGCAGGUGGGAUGGGUGAGAGGCCCAUGGAUGAGCCCGUGUGUAAGUACAAGUAGCAAUGACUGCGUGUGAAUACUUUUGAACUAGAGAAUAUCCUUCAGGGCCCUCUGGGAGUCAGGGACUUCAUUAAAUCACUUAAAUAGUAACAAUAUACACAAAGUAUACCAAACAUUAGGAACACCAUCAACAUGGCAAACUUGAGCGUGAAAAACCCAAUGUUGCAGUUCUUGACACUCAAACCGGUGUGUCUGGUACCUACUACUAUACUCCAUUCAAAAGGCACUUAAAUAUUUUGUCUUGCCCAUUCGUCCUCUGAAUGGCACACAUACACAAUCUGUCUUAAGGCUUAAAAAUCAUUCAACCCGUCUCCUCCCCUUCAUCUACACUGAAGUGGAUUUAACAGGUGAUAGUCUGUCAUGGAAAAAGGUUUUCUUAAUGGUUUGUAUACUUAGUGUAGAUCAUGCAUCUAGCUACAAAUCAUGAAGCUUGUUACAUUUAUUAUAGCAUAAGUGUCAAUACAAUACAGCUUCAAUGCUCCUUAUUGUGACAAUGUCAUGUCAGCUAGUGUCAAUUCAGUCAAUAAUGAAAUGGCAUGUUAUCCUCUUUAAAGGAGACAUUUGAUUGAGUGUUACAUUUCAUUGUCCGUAAGAUGCAGUCAAGUCCAUGUUAAUAGGUGUAAACUGAGUGCAGUUUUUAAGAUGACUUGUUCUUUGAGAAAUUCAUGCUCUACGUUGGAUUUUUUUUUAAAUGUGCAUGUUUUCACUUAUAGUUGGCAGUUUUGUAGCCCGCUUUUAUUCAAAACAUACCUUUUAAUCUUAUCUUCAACCUUCUUAUCAAUGACCAGUAAUUCCAUGUUUCUACUGCAGUGGCACCACCUGAGGUUUUGUUUGACUGUUAAACUGAAAUGUGGUCGUUAAAAAUAACGUUACCCACGAUUUAAAGAAAUCAGGCCCUUUAAGGACCCAGUUGGGGGAAGGACAAUUUUCCUUGCCAUCUCUGACCCAUCAAAUCAAUACAUAAACUACUAAAGAGGAAACAAAUCUUUAGGUAGGCUUAUAUAACCUUGUAUUGUGGUUAAACAGGAAGCCGUUUUGCUGAGCAGUCCUUAUCUGACAUGUAGAAUUGACUUUGCGGACUUCUUUUUUUUUCAACUCUGUGCCAAUGUAGGUUAGUUUGAACACAACCUGCUCAGUUUAGCAGAUACAGUAACGUAAUAGUGGCAAUAGUAUGUACUCCGUGAGGUAUUCCAGAUGCUUUAAUAGUCAUCAAUUAAGCACUUGGUUGCUCCCCGAAAUGAGAUUGUAAAUAAUUGACGAGAACAGAUAGGACUAGCAUACUGAAAUAGGUCAGCUAAUGUGUUUGUAUUUUCACUACAAGCUAACUCCAGACAUCUGAAUGCAGUUUCCUGACCGCCUUGAUAAAACACUAUUUUAAAAAGGUUCUUAACUGCAAUGCUCAGGGUUAUUGGUCAGCCUAAUGGAAUAUCAUGUCCAACAUCUCACCAAAUUUAUCCAAUGUACCAAGUGCUAGAUUUAUUGGAGACAUUUCUCAUUUGUUGAAAACAUUGUGUUUUCCGAGACAGUAAAUCUAGUCACUAUACAAAAUAUUGUACACUGUAUAAUCUUGUAUAAUCUUGAAUGUGUGAUAUUUCCAACUUGUCUAUUCAAACCUGAUGUGCACAAAUAUAUUUAGAUGAGGAAAACCCCUCCUUGAUAGGGAUGGGCAUAUGACAUUAUUGCACUAUGAAUAAUCAUGAAUUUUUUUCCAGAUAGUCAAUUCCCCUCACCCCAAAAAGUUGCUCUUGAAUCUCUGGACCAAUCAGAAUUAAGCAAAUUCAGGUACCACAACAGCUGGCAGUGGUCCGUUGUUUUUUGGCUAGAAGUCAGCAACAGUGAAAUACAGUGGGGCAAAAAAGUAUUUAGUCAGCCACCAAUUGUGCAAGUUCUCCCACUUAAAAAGAUGAGAGGCCUGUAAUUUACACUUCAACUAUGACAGACAAAAUAAGAAAAAAAUCCAGAAAAUCACAUUGUAGGAUUUUUAUGAAUUUAUUUGCAAAUUAUGGUGGAAAAUAAGUAUUUGGUCACCUACAAACAAGCAAGAUUUCUGGCUCUCACAGAUCUGUAACAACUUCUUUAAGAGGCUCCUCUGUCCUCCACUCGUUACCUGUAUUAAUGGCACCUGUUUGAACUUAUCAGUAUAAAAGACACCUGUCCACAACCUCAAACAGUCACACUCCAAACUCCACUAUGGCCAAGACCAAAGAGCUGUCAAAGGACACCAGAAACAAAAUUGUAGACCUGCACCAGGCUGGGAAGACUGAAUCUGCAAUAGGUAAGCAGCUUGGUUUGAAGAAAUCAACUGUGGGAGCAAUUAUUAGGAAAUGGAAGACAUACAAGACCACUGAUAAUCUCCCUCGAUCUGGGGCUCCACGCAAGAUCGCACCCCGUGGGGUCAAAAUGAUCACAAGAACGGUGAGCAAAAAUCCCAGAACCACACGGGGAGACCUAGUGAAUGACCUGCAGAGAGCUGGGACCAAAGUAACAAAGCCUACCAUCAGCAAGGGCAUUGAAGAUGAAACGGCAGGGGCGGCAGGGUAGCCUAGUGGUUAGAGCAUUGGACUAGUAACCGAAAGGUUGCAAGUUCAAAUCCCCGAGCUGACAAGGUACAAAAUCUGUCGUUCUGCCCUUGAACAGGCAGUUAACCCACUGUUCCUAGGCCGCCAUUGAAAAUAAGAAUUUGUUCUCAACUGACUUGCCUAGGUAAUUUUUUAAAAAUGAAAAAAAUGAAACGUGGCUGGGUCUUUCAGCAUGACAAUGAUCCCAAACACACCGCCCGGGCAACGAAGGAGUGGCUUCGUAAGAAGCAUUUCAAGGUCCUGGAGUGGCCUAGCCAGUCUCCAGAUCUCAACCCCAUAGAAAAUCUUUGGAGGGAGUUGAAAGUCCUUGUUGCUCAGCAACAGCCCCAAAACAUCACUGCUCUAGAGGAGAUCUGCAUGGAGGAAUGGGCCAAAAUACCAGCAACAGUGUGUGAAGACUUACAGAAAACAUUUGACCUGUCAUUGCCAACAAAGGGUAUAUAACAAAGUAUUGAGAUACACUUUUGUUACUGACCAAAUACUUAUUUUCCACCAUAAUUUGCAAAUAAAUUCAUUAAAAAUCCUACAAUAUGAUUUUCUGGUUUUUAUUUUCUCAUUUUGUCUGCCAUAGUUGAAGUGUACCUAUGAUAAAUUACAGGGCUCAUCUUUUUAAGUGGGAGAACUUGCACAAUUGGUGGCUGACUAAAUACCUUUUUGCCCCACUGUAAGUGAUGUUCAACAUGAUAGAAUAGAUUGUUCAAAAAAAGGUUAUGGUGAGUGUUUUGCAUUGAUCUGUGUCAGGCCUUGUGGAACUUCAAGGAGGUGCAUACCUGUUAUCACUAUUUGAAGUGGGGAAAAUAGCAUAGGCUACCGAUGUCAUGGCUGACUGGAAGGCAAAAUGCGCUAUGAAAAUAAAAUGCUUUUUCAUGUCAAAAGCAACAUGAGAAAAUGAGCUUAAAUGAAACGAUUACUUUGUGCAUCAACUGUUGGCUACGUUUACAGUGCACAACAAACUAUAAGCUACAAUAUGUUUGAAGCAGCAGUAGCUCACACUGUCAAACUGCAUUCAGAAGUUUAGUUAUAUUAAAUUUAAAAAAUCAAAUGUCAUGGUGUAACAAUGUCACAUGGAUAAUUGCAUUUAGACAAAGCUUUUUAAUGUCAUUAUUUUCCCCCUCUUCAAAAAUGUACACACAUAGUAUUCUAACUUCCGUUCUGAUAUUCAAUUAACCAUGUCCAUCCCUACUCCUUGAUAUCGCCAUUGUUUCUUGAUAAUCUAGAGCAUGUUUCAUAUCUGUUGUAUUCAGUUGUAAUAUUUAUGCUGCUUUAAAGAUUUAAAGAACUCCAAUGUCUUAUUUUUCGUUUUGUUUUUGCAGUGACAUUCUAACCUUUUGCACAAACGAUGCUAUGUUUAUAUCUUAUGUUAUUCAAAAAAGGAAAUGCAUUGAUAACGGCUUAGGGAAAUUCCACGUUAAGAGUGAUGCCGAGACUAAGGUUUUCCACUUUAAAAUGUAUGCCAAACAAAAAUGACUGCAAAGUUCAACCGUACAUACACAAGGACUACUUUAAACAAUUUCCAGACAAGUGAACAAAAACGUCUAUCAAACUUUGCAUCUGCACUGUUCAAGUAAAUGUGUGUUUAUAAAAUUCCUAGUGAAUUGUUAGAUAUUUAGGGAUUUAGGCAGUGAGGCCCGUUAUAUACUUCCCCAAAGUUAAAUGAACUUGUGGAUACCAUUUAUGUAUCUGUGUCUACCUAUUGUUCACCUAAUACCUUUUUUGCACUAUUGGUUAGAGCCUAUAAGUCAGCAUUUCACUCUAAGGUCUACACCUCUUGUAUUCGGCACACGUGACAAAUAAACUUUGAUUUGAGGUAGUUUCACAAGCCAAUGCUAACUUGGCGUUAGCACAAUGGAAGCAAUGGUUAGCAACUUCCUUUAAACCACACGCAGAGACACCAAUGGUAUCCAAGAGUUCAUCCGACUCAGGGGAAGUAUGACAGGCCUCAUUGCCCAAAUCCCAAAGUAUCUAACAAUUCCCACAGUUGUAUGGGUUGUUUAACUUUUCAAUCAUUGGUUUACGUUUGGCAUGCACUUUUAAAGUGAAAAAUCUUAGUCUCACCACUAACUGUGGAAUUUGCCAUUACAAAUAUACAUGUUCACUUCAUUACAAAAGCAGUCUUAAAUGUUCUUACUGUAUGGAAUUUGUGUAACUGUAUUUUUGGGAUACAUAUUUGAAGUAUGAACAAAUAUAAUAAAGUUUGAUUUUAUGCAUGUUGAAAA